AUGUCGGGUUCUUGGCAUCACAAGUGGCUAAUCUUGAGUUUUCUUGCACUCAUUUUCAUAUCAGAAGCAUCAAGAGUGCCUAAGGUACACUGGGACCAAAUGCUACCUAAAAAACUGCCUUCUCCCUCUUCAGCUCCCUCCAAAGGCACAAACUUUGUAACUACAUCUUCUAAGGCUGUAGAAACGGAGAGAAAUCUCCCUUCAUCAGAUGGAAAGCUGGUCAGUCAGAUCUGUAGGUUGCUUUCAAGUGCUGAUGAGAGUCACUUGCCAAGAUACACUGCAGAUAUACAUAAUCAGAAGAUAGGUAAUCUUAUUGUUGAUCCAAGGGUUGGGAUUUCAAAUGCACAGAUAUAA